GGUCCCUAUUAUUUUCUACUUGUUCUCUUCUAUGUCUCUAAUCAUGCAAAACACAAAACCACACGCAGCAAUACUUGCUAGUCCCGGCAUGGGACACCUGAUCCCUGUUAUAGAGCUCGGAAAGCGCUUAGUAACCCAUCAUGGCUUCCACGUCACCAUCUUUGUUGUCUCAACUGAUUCUUCAUCUUCUGCACAAACCCAACUUCUCAAUUCGCCAAACCUUAAUUUCCUCGACAUUAUCUCACUCCCACUCGUUGAUAUUACAGGCCUAGUGGAUCCUGCGGCAUCAAUAGUAACGAAGAUUAUAGUCAUGAUGCGCGAAUCCUUAGCAGGACUUCGGUCAACGAUUUUUUCAAUGGAGUAUCGCCCGACGGUUCUCAUCGCUGACUUGUUCGGAACCGAAGCGUUGACUAUUGCUGAUGAGUUCGAGAUGUUGAAGUACGUGUUCAUUGCUUCUAAUGCGUGGUUUCUUGCGAUCACGAUAUAUGUGCCAACUCUUGAUAAAAGAGUGGAAGAUGAGCACAUCAACGGUCAGAAACCUCUGAAGAUUCCAGGUUGUGAACCGGUCCGGUUCGAUGAUACCUUGGAUGCGUAUUUGGACCGGACUGAUCAAGUUUAUGAGGAGUAUAUUCGAAUUGGCCGUGAGAUUUGCAUGGCUGAUGGGAUUUUGUUGAACACGUGGGAAGAUCUGGAGCCCAAAACAUUCGAGGCCUUGAGAGAUCAGAACUUAUUGGGUCGGGUCACUAGGGUUCCAGUUUAUCCAAUCGGUCCAUUGGCAAGACAGAUCGGACCUCCUGUUUUGGAUAACCAAGUUUUGAAUUGGCUGGACGUGCAACCGUCUGAGUCAGUGAUAUAUGUCUCGUUUGGCAGUGGUGGGACCCUCUCAGCCGAGCAAACAAUCGAGCUGGCUUACGGGUUGGAGCUGAGCCGGCAGAGGUUUAUUUGGGUGCUACGCCCACCCGUGGAUAAAGAUGUAUCCGGGUCAUUUUUUAAUGCGGGUAAUGGCCCAGACGGCUCGGCCAGUUUCUUGCCUGAUGGGUUCAUGACCCGCACCAAGAAAUUGGGCCGGAUCGUCCAUAUGUGGGCCCAACAGGUGGAGAUUUUGGCCCAUCCAGCUGUCGGUGGAUUUUUAUCUCAUUGUGGUUGGAAUUCAACCCUAGAGAGUAUUCUCAAUGGGGUGCCAAUGAUAACAUGGCCAUUGUACGCAGAGCAGAAAAUGAAUGCUACUCUACUGUCCGAAGAUCUCGGCUUAGCUGUCCGACCGCUGGCACGACCAGACGGAGUUGUGAGGAGGGAGGAGAUAAGUAAGAUGGUGAGAAGGAUAAUGGUGGAUAAAGAAGGAUAUGUGAUAAGGAAGAGAAUGAAGGAAGCAAAAGGCAAAGCUCUUGAGGCGGUGAGCAAAGGUGGUUCGUCUGAUGAAUCACUGUCUCGAGUGGCUGAGGACUGUGUGAUUAGCUUGCAGUCUGGAAAUAGAGCAAAUGAUCAUGGUGCCUGGGAUACUCGAGCCAUGCACAUGAUACGUGCACAAGCAAUCGACGCAGCUUAUUAGUGUCAUGAGUUAUAUUAAUUAGUAAAAUUAAAGAGUAAUGUGAGCUUUUAAAUAAUAAUUUGGUUUGGUAUUAGUUUCUUUCAUUUGGCUUGAAUAGAUUUGUUAAUCUUCUCAAGGUUCAGUGAUAUUGUAGUAAUUUGUGUUAGUUUGCUUUAGUGUUGCUUGUUAAGCAUGUGA